GUUUUUUGGUCGCUCCGUUUCGGUAAAAGUGAGAUUUUUAUAGUUAAAAAAUCACUGAAAAUGGCCAAUGUCGAAGAGUUACAGAAGUUGGUGAAGGAGCUGAAAGCCAGACUGGCUGCCGCACAAGGCGACACUCGCCCAGCGCGGCAGAAAAUCGAAGUCAUGUCGUCCGAAGUUGUAGAUUCCAAUCCGUACAGUCGUUUGAUGGCGCUGAAGCGAAUGGGCAUAGUGGAUAACUAUGAGAAGAUCCGGGACCUGUCGGUGGCCAUUGUAGGGGUUGGUGGAGUUGGCAGUGUCACUGCUGAGAUGCUCACUAGGUGUGGCAUUGGGAAGCUAAUCUUAUUUGAUUACGACAAAGUGGAACUUGCAAAUAUGAACCGUCUAUUCUUCCAACCACACCAAGCAGGCUUGAGCAAAGUAGAUGCGGCUGCGUCAACAUUGCAGAAUAUCAACCCUGAUGUUGUCAUUGAUGCAUACAAUUUUAAUAUAACCACAGUGGAAAACUUUCAGAAGUUCUGUGACACAAUUAGCACGGGUAGUUUGACCGGUGGGCCAGUAGACCUAGUUCUAAGCUGCGUGGACAACUUUGAGGCGCGUAUGGCCAUUAAUACAGCUUGCAACGAGCUUGGGCAGAAGUGGUUUGAGUCAGGUGUUAGUGAGAAUGCUGUUUCCGGGCACAUACAGUUCAUUGUUCCCGGGGAGACGGCUUGUUUUGCUUGUGCACCUCCGUUAGUGGUAGCAUCGAAGAUUGACGAGAAAACGCUUAAAAGAGAAGGCGUGUGCGCAGCGAGUCUGCCCACGACAAUGGGCAUAGUAGCUGGAUUCUUAGUACAAAACACAUUGAAAUAUCUACUAGAUUUUGGCAACGUGAGCUAUUACUUGGGCUACAGUGCCCUAACGGAUUACUUUCCUACCAUGUGUUUGAAGCCGAACCCGCAAUGCGACGACAGCCACUGCCUCGCGCGACAGGCCGAGGUCAACGCCCGGCCUGCGCCGGUCGAGAUCGCCACCGAAGUCAAGGAGGACUCAGGCCCCAUACACACUGAUAAUGAAUGGGGUAUCAGCUUAGUGGAUGAAAACGUACCGGAAGAUGACGACACUAGCAAUCUAAAAUUAGUGGAUGGCGUUCAGGUUGCAUACAGCAUUCCCGUGGACAAUAGCACGCCCGAGUCGAGCACAGGCGGCGCGGUCGCGGCGUCGGAACUCUCGUUGGAGGAGCUCAUGCAGCAGAUGAAGUCCAUGUAAGGCUGGCUGGUCAUGAAGAUCUCGUGAGGAUUUUAUUACAUGAACGGGUGUUUCGUGAAGUUGGCUUUGGACAGUAAAAAAUGGAUUAUAAAGGCCAUUACGUUGUGUUAGAAUAUCUUUUCCUUAUCCGAUAAUAAGAGACGUGAAGAUGCCACUACAAUGUGUUGAUUUGCAUUCUUGCCAUAUCUCCAGAGGUGACUAUAUCCGAAACUGAACCCAAACCACCAAAAAAAUAAAUCAGACUAAAGAAUUUCCUAAAUUCCUAUUUUUUAUUUAAUUGCAGUAAACAUAUUUGAUCCAAAGGUCAUUGACUUGCACGGCACUUGCAAACGUUUUGAACAAUGACUUAAAUGCGCAGAAAGAAACCCAUUUUAGAUCUAUUUGGUGGUGGGGUGCGGAUAGUGACGGCGGGGGAUUGUCGUAUCGAGUGCGCGAUUGGUAGAUCAGUCGACCUUGCUUCCCGCAUUGCGUCUACUACGUCGCGCUGACAUCCCGCAUCCCGCUAUUCUAGUCUGUCACGAAAUGCCACAUGGUUUAGUAUGUAAACAAGAGUCAGUAGUGCAAAAAAGAACCGCUACCAAGUUCUCCAGAACCUGCAUGGUAAUCCAUCAAGUACAAGUGCGUGUCUAUUCUUUUGGCAUGAUGUGAAACGUUUAGUUUACGCGGAGUGUCGAAGUUUCAACUUUGUUUCAAAGUUGUAGAGUCUAAUGUUGAAACGAAACUCACUUGCGAAUCUCUGCGUGCUGGUGGUGGCUCCGGUACGGAGCUCCAUUAGUACCUGGCUCCACAAGCUAGGUACUUCUAGUAAUACUUUCAUGCAACCUAAAGUUGGUAAGUACCAAAUGUAAGUUAAAAAAACUUUUUUCAGUCAUCUUUUCUAAAUAAUAUUGAUAAAUAAGCGAUCGUAUCGCUCGGUGAAGCGGGUGGCGGGGUCACUUGCGUGGUGCAUACGACUUGAGGCAAUUUUGCAAAACUUCACGAGACACAGCCCGAAUUUUGAACAAAAUAUUUUUUUAAAUAUUUUUAGAUGAUUUAGCAUUAUUUCUAUUAUUAAUUUCUUAAAUAUGGCGAGAAUGCUAAUCAAUACACUGUAUAAUGAGUUAUAAUCAUAGAUAACCUCCUAAUAGAUGCCGCAUACAGGGCAACUGUCGUGCACCACACAUCCGUGCAAUUGAUCAUAUGUAAAAUUUUGCAAAAAUUCAUCACUUAGUUUCGACCAAGUAUCAGACCCGUGCGCAUCUCCUGAUAUUUAUGUAUUGUUACACUGGUUUCUUUGAAUCGAACUAUAAAAAUGACUAUCUGUGUCGUUAAAUAAUACUUAUCAAUAAGAAACAAAGAUUUAUUAAUAUACAGCUUCUGCGUACACGGAUGACUUGUGAAUUUGGAAUAAAUAUUGUUAAUGAUAAUCUCAGUACAGAGUACUAAAAAAA